AUCAAUAAACUGACCCGAGUGUCAAAGGUUAACCCGCAGCAGCAGAGCAGGAGAAGAGCUGCAGAGUAGAGACACCUGUAGAAGUCACAGAGUAGAAACUAUGGCCUCCCUCCGUCGAGAGAUCCCUUACACAGCUACAGCUCCAAUCAGACAGGGAAUAUACAGUCAGGCGGUGGUUGCGGACAGAACCGUGUACAUCUCUGGUCAGCUGGGGAUGGAAGUGGCCUCAGGUCAGCUGGUGGAGGGAGGAGUCCAGGCUCAGGCCAAGCAGGCUCUUAUCAAUAUGGGGGAGAUCCUUAAAGCUGCUGGUUGUGACUACACCAACGUGGUGAAGACGACCGUGCUGCUCGCUGACAUUAAUGACUUCAACAGCGUCAAUGAGGUCUACAAGACAUUUUUCAGCAGUAACUUUCCAGCCAGAGCUGCUUACCAAGUCGCUGCUCUCCCCAGAGGUGGACUGGUGGAAAUCGAGGCGGUGGCUGUGGUCGGUCCUCUCUCAGACUCCUGACUAGCCGGCCCCAUCACAAACAAGCUAUAGUCCAACCGCCAAGUGGCCUCAGAGUUGUGCUGCAGAGGCCUUGUUGCAUUUCCACAGGACGUUCUUUUCUGUUGUUGCCUCUGUGGCUGGUUGUCUGCAGCAAUUUAGUCUUUUGAGUAUCAUAUCAAUGGAAAACUUUUGAUCUUCACAUUAAAACUCUUACAAUAACAGAGAACUUAACAUCUUACCAGACUCUAGAAUGUGGUUUAAGGUAAAUUCACAGUUUGAAUUUACCUUAAACCACAUUCUAGAGUCUGGUAAGAUGUUAAGUCUGAAACCAAAAUAAUCAUUAACAUUCCCUCGGCCUCAUUGGACAGCCUAGAUGUCAUAUAAAUCUGUGAUGCUGUUUUUGGUUUAAUAAACUCACUUUCUCUUAGUUUUCUUCCAUUGAAACAUUUGAAAUGAAUAAAAUUUGAAUAAAUAAAUGACCAUGAAUCUGUUAUUCUCACAAUAUUCAUAUUUUCUUUAGCACAAUCAAAAAUAAAGUACUCAUGAUUUCAA